CAGAAAAUCACAACACAGAUUCAGGAGUUUUUUUCUGCCCGUGGAGGAAUCGACUGCAUUGAUGCUUUGUGUUUUGUAGUACAGGCUUCACUUGCUCGUCUGACACACACACAGAAAUACAUCUUUGACUCCAUUCUUUCCAUAUUCGGGAAGGAUAUUGCUGAAAACAUCCUUAUGAUGGUCACCUUUGCAGAUGGGAAAAGACCUCCAGUUCUCGAGGCCAUCAAAGUGUCUGAGGUGCCCUGUUCUACAAAUGAGUCUAAAGAACCACUUCACUUCAAGUUCAACAACUCUGCUGUGUUUGCUAUCAAUAAUAAAAUUGCAGAGGAUGAGGAGUCUGAUUGUGAAUACUUUGACCAAAUGUUCUGGAAGUUGGGAUUUUCCAGCAUGAACAAAUUCUUCACAUCCCUUAACAAGAUGGAAACCAAGAGCUUGUCUCUGACACGGGAGGUCCUAAAAGAGCGGCAACAUCUAGAAGUGCAUGUGGAAGGCCUCCAGCCCCAAAUAAAUGCUGGUCUGACAAAACUGGAUGAAAUCAAGAAGACAAGAGCUGCAUUGGAGCAGCACAAGGCUGAAAUGGAUGCAAACAAGAAUUUUGAAUAUGAACUACAAGUAACUGUCCCAAAACAGAUUGAAAACAAUACAGGCAACUUUUUGACCAACUGCCAGAUUUGUCACUACACAUGUCAUUAUCCAUGUGCUUUUUCAGAUGACAAGGAUAAAUAUAAGUGUGAUGCGAUGAAAGACGGAAAGUGUCAGAUCUGUCCAGGAAAGUGUGCAUGGAAUGUGCACUUCAAUCAAAAAUACAAAUGGAAUUAUGUCAUAGAAAAGAGAAAGGAAACCUAUCAUGAUUUAAAAAAGAGAUUUGAGGCUGCACAUGGACAGGUCAUGUCAAAAGAAAAGAUCUUUGAAGAGUUUGAAAAGGAGCUUACGGUUGUUCAGGGUAUUGUUGCUGGAUUAAUUGAAAAAUCUCAAAAGUCCUUGGAGCGGCUGCAGGAAAUUGCUCUCAAGCCCAAUCCUCUUUCCACCCCUGACUACAUUGAUCUGAUGAUUGAGUCUGAGAAACAAGAAGCUAAGCCUGGAUUUCAAGAUCGCAUUCAGUCUUUAAUGGUAGUCAGGAAGAAGGCAGAGAUCAUCAGUACGGUUUCUACAGGAGGAGUGCUUCCAGAGGAUUUGAAAGCAUACAAAUCUGAAACAAAAAUAAAUGAAUCCUUUAAUGCAAUGUCCCUGUUAAGUCAGGCAAAAAAUUAUGUUGGAGAAAAAGCAACUAUGGUUCAAGAAAAACUCUUAAUUGGCGUGGAGAGACCGCAUAAAGAGGCCCGGGAAUGA